AUGCUUCAUUCAAGAGUACUGUCUGCUUUGGUCAUAGUUCUCAUAGCACAUUCCGUUUAUGGUUCAUAUCAUUAUAUUGGCUGCUAUCAAGAAGCAUUUUAUGAUAGUUAUUUUGAAAGUUCAUAUAUGGAACCAACAUUAUGUUUCAGUUUAUGUGAAACACCAAUAAUCUAUAUACAGGAUUCAAUAUGUCGAUGUUCAUGGAGUGGUCUUAUGGAUUAUAGUCGACGGGGAGACCCACAUUGUUCAAUAGACUGUCCAAAGCCAGGUUACCGCAAAGUCACAACAAACUAUACAUGUGGUGGAUCAGAAAGUUAUUCAGCUUAUGCUGAAGAUCAAUUUUAUAUCAAACAUGCUCAUUUACUUGAUUAUCGAAUUCGACUUAGAUCAUGCGAAUUCUGGAAUAGUUCUACUAAUAUGAAUAUAUUACAAGUUAAAAUUGACAGAUUAUCUGAAAAAUUAGCAUUGAAUACAUUAGAACGAUGUGCGGCUGCAUGUUAUGAUCAAAAUAAAACGACAAAAUCUAUAGGUAAAUUAACAUUUUGA